AAGAGCGUUUUACCAAGCAACAUACAUUUAUUUCUUCAUACUUGGAAAAGCUCAUCUCUACUAGCAGCAACAGCGUUUAUAAUUAUGUUUAUAUUUAUCUGAACACUUUUAUUCGAUUGCAAUGUCUAUUCUAUUUUGGACGUCACUCAUACUUUUGCAAAUUUGCAUCGAGGUCUCAAGCCUGUCGGCAUGUGGUAACGCACAUUCGAUUGCUCUUUGUAGCUGUUGGAGGAUUGAUGACUGGACUUGGGCCGUUAAUUGUACUGGACUUGCACUAAGAGCAUUACCCACCGAAAUUCCAGUGAACACUACGUAUCUGUAUGCUGGGACAAACAAUUUAGCAGAGAUAGACAAUGAUACGUUGCUUCGAUUGCCAAUCUUACACCAUAUAGUGUUGGACUAUAACAAACUGAGUACUUUACCUAAGUUUCCAAAAGGAAUCAGAACAAUAUCUGCUAAUUACAACAACAUUGAAUCCAUUGAUGGUGCUUUUCAGGGUCUAACUGCACUUGCUCGAGUAGCGCUGAACUCAAACAAAAUAAAAAUAAUAAAGAACACAACAUUUCAAGAUUCAAAAGGCCUUCUGAAUCUUUCACCCAACAUAUUAUCUGGGACUCUUCAAAUACAUAAGGAUAAACCACCAGCACAGAGCCAGUCAGGAGUUUAUCGGAUUCCAUGUGAAUGUGGAAAGGUUUACAUUGGUAAAACACGACGUGAUCUCGGUACAGGCUCAAGGAACACCAAUGCCAUGCGCCUAAGAGAGGGGAACAACAAAAGUCAUCUAUAG